UUGAUUGAUCCAACUCAGUCACACUCUCUUUUAUCGAUUCUAUAAAAAUUCAAUUCGACGGGCCCGGAGAAUUCUUAUUCAUGGAGGAAAGCUCGCGAGUCGCGACCCUUGCAUUAAUCGGUAGUUGAAGGUAAAUUAUACGUGUGAUUACUUAAUUGAGUGAUGUUAGUGAAACUUCCCUACAUUCUCUAGAUAGUCUCUGCUGAAUUUCCUGCAACUUACGUGCGUGUUGAUCGGGGGAAUUUGGAAUUUGAAAUUGCUUUUUUUAUGAUCUUGAAUCGUUUUGUCAACUAUCAUGUCUAAAUUCAAGUCAGUCUCCAAGCGACUUAGAAGGUUUCAACAAGUCCACAUUGGCCUGAUAAAAGGUCUCUGCUCUGUGAUACGAUUCAUCACUGAAGACGAACGUUGAAGUACUAAAAACUAGUUGUGAGCUGAUUUCUGGCUUUGCUGAAAUGGCGAGAUGUUUUAGCGGCAUUGUGCCAAUAUCUUCCACGAAAAGCGAGGAUGGUGAUGGUGAUGGUGAUUUCAGAGCCGAUUAUUCUUUUGCAAUUGAGUACAGAGGUCCUCCAAUCAGCCAUGAUAUUCCCCAAGCGAUUCCCAUUGAUAUAUUCCGCAUACCGACUGCAUCCGUUGCUGCUACGAUGGCUGUGAUGUCGAAGAGUUUGUCUCUACCAGUAAGCCAACCUAUCGUUAAAAAUCGCGAUUCUUACCGCAAACCAUCGGAGGAAAGGAUAUCAAGUUUAGAAGUAACGGAGCCUCAGGAUUUAGUACGACAUUCAGAAAAAUUGGGGAUUUCUGGUCGGGUUUCUUCGAGGAAAUUGGAGAAUGGUUCACUGGAAGGAGGUUCAUCGGCAGCUGUACCCAAUGAUCAGAGCUCCAGUAGUUCUGGUACGCUUCGGUAUUUUGACUGUCUUGAUGAUUCAAAUGGUUUGUCAGAAAGCACAGACGGUGAGGAUUUGGGUGGUGAAUGUAAAGCUAGUGUCUCAUGUAAUUGUGAGUCCACCAUGCCCCUUUCAAAGGAAUCCGCCUCAAGUUCGCGAAAGCUUUCUUCAUACCAUGGAAGGAAAUCGGAAGAUUCUGUAACAGAAACUUGUGUCCAACGUAACAGAACAUCUACAGUGACUUCCCUUGAUGUACCAUCACGUUAUGCUACUUCUGAAGAAACUGAUGGUGAUGAGCCUUCAUUUCUCCCAGAAACUCCUGUUGUUUCUAAUUAUGGGAAGAGAGGAUUGUGCCAUAGAUGUCAGAGAAGGGGUCGAUUUGCAGAGAGGGAAGUUUGCAUUGUCUGCUCUGCUCAGUAUUGUGCAAAAUGUGUGAUUAGGGCAAUGGGAUCUAUGCCAGAAGGGAGAAAAUGCAUCAAGUGCAUUGGCCAUAGGAUUGAAGAAUCAAAGCGUGAUUCGCUUGGUAAGUGUUCAAGAAUGCUGAAGAGACUGCUUGCUGAUGAGGUAGCUAAGCAAAUCAUGAACUCUGAAAUAUCAUGUGAAGUGAAUCAGUUGCAACCUCAUCUAAUAUAUGUGAAUGGGAAGCAUUUGUGCAAGGAAAAGUUGACUAUGCUACUAAGCUGUCGGAAUCCUCCAAAGAAGCUUAGACCUGGAAGAUAUUGGUAUGAUAAGGACUCUGGAUUUUGGGGGAAGGAAGGGAAGAAACCAUGCCAGAUUAUCAGUGCUGAGAUGGAUAUUGGUUCUCCACUUAUGCCUGAUGCCAGCAAUGGUGACACAAAAGUACUGAUAAAUGGCCGGGAGAUAACUAGACCAGAGUGCUGGAUGCUGAGGGCUGCUGGAAUCCACUGUGAGGGAGGCCCAAGCUUUUGGCUUACAUCAGAUGGAAACUAUACUCAUGAAGGCAUGGACAAUGUGGGCAAUUUAUGGAAGAAGAAAAAAGUGAGGAUUGCAUGCGCCGCUUUAUCAUUGCCAUUUCCUUCUGGUCGAUCAAACCCUAGUGGUGAAGAUUCUGAAGAAGGCAUUGUUAACACUAUUGGGAAAAACAUAGACCAGAGAAUUCUCAGUAAACUACUUCUAGUAGGUUUUGAUCAAUCUGGAACUGGUACCAUAUUUAAACAGGCCAAAAUGAUUCACAGUGUCCCUUUCUCAGAAGAUGAGCUGCAAAACCUCAAACACGUGAUUCAAAGAAAUCUCUACAAAUAUAUCUGUAUUCUGCUUGAGGGACGCACACAUUUUGAAGAAGAGCAUUUGAUUGAGAUGAGGAGAAAACUUGCUCAAGAACCUGGUCCUUCAGGGAUAUUUGAACAGGUUGAGCGAAGUAAUAUGUAUUCACUUAAUUCAAACCUGAAAGCAUUCUCAAAUUGGGUGCAAGAAAUUAUGAGAUCUGGCAUGUUGGAUGUUAUGUUCCCAGCUGCAACUCGAGAGUAUGCACCUUUAGUUGAGCAGCUCUGGAAGGAUAAAGCCUUCCAAGCCACUUACAAGAGACGAAAUGAACUGCAUGCUCUACCUGCAGUUGCUAAUUAUUUCUUAGAUCGGGCUGUUGAAAUUUCACGAGCAGACUAUGAGCCCACUCAAAUGGACAUUCUGUAUGCCGAUGGAAUCAAUUCUUCGAACGGGAUUGCAUCCAUGGAAUUUUCCUUUCCCAAUUCAUCUCCGGAAGGGUUCAUGGACUCUUUGAAUCCCAAAGAUUCCCAAAUGAGAUGUCAACUAACUAGAGUUGAUGCAAGAAGCCUUGGAGAACACUGCAAGUGGUUGGACAUGUUUGAAGAUGUCGACAUAGUCUUAUAUUGCGUCGCCUUGACAGAUUACGACGAAUAUUAUGAAGACAGAAGUGGAGUUUACAGAAACAAGAUGCUAGCAAUCAAGAAACACUUUGAGACCAUUGUGACUCAUCCAUCUCUCUCUGGAAAGAGUUUCCUACUCAUCCUCAAUAAGUUUGAUCUUCUGGAAGAUAAAAUCGACCGAAUUCCCCUAUCACAAUGCGACUGGUUUCAGGAUUUCAAUCCUGUGAUCAGCCAUCCGCACACCAAUAGCAACAGCCCCCCUUUGGCUCAACGUGCUUUCCACUAUGUAGCAGUGAAGUUCAAAAGGCUAUUCAGAUUGCUAACCGACAGGAAACUCUUUGUAACCAGAGCUACAGCAAAUGAAGCUGAUAGCAUUGAUAAAGCCCUCAAUUACAGUAGAGAUAUUCUCAAGUGGCGCAAUGAGUUACUGAAAAUGCAGAAUGAGAGACAUACAGCCAGCACGAAUGAAUGCACCACAGCAAGUACAGAGAUCAGCACAUCAGUAUAGAAUUCUCACACCCAAUGGUAGUUGUAAAUCUAAUUGGGUUUUCAUUUUCUGCACAAAUUUGUCAAAUACUAUGCUGUGCAGUGCAGAUCCAGCACAUUAAGUCGAUUUUUGCCUCUGUCUGUCUGCUUAAGAGAGGUAUCCAAAUUAGAUGUAGAAAUUAUCCAUAGCUCUGAGCUUGUGCUUCUUUCAUGAAUAGAUAGAUCUCAUCUCACUACAGUUGGUUUUGGAUCAUAAGUAUGGUAAUUCAAGUGCAGCCGUGGGAUAUCAGCAGGUAAGGAAGAACUUAAUUCUUAAAUGUACCAUUUACAAGAAUAUUUACCAUUUGCAGGUAGAGUUAGGCACUUACAGCUUUAUGCUACUGUAUGUAUCUAGAUGAUAUAUUUUGCCAUCAUUAUACAGAUAAGAGAGA